AUGUCGAGAUCCAGACCUUUUAGUUUCACUUCAGUGGUCUCCAAAACAGGAAGCUUGUGUUUGCCACUAUUCCAGUUGGUGCUCUCGGACCCACCAUGUGAAGAAAAUGAAAUGUGCAUAACCUAUAAAGAUCAAUACUCAGAUGAAUGGUAUAUCUGGUUCUUGCUGCUAAUUUUCCUGGUGGCUCUGCUCUGUGGAGCAGUGCUCUUCUGCCUUCAGUGCUGCCUGAGGAGACACAGAAUUGGUUCCCCACGACGCACCAUGGCUGUUUUUGCUGUUGGAGACUUGGACUCUGUUUAUGAGACAGAAGCAGCUAUGAAUCCAACUGCUGGAAUUCACCCUCAAAUGCAAAACCCUGCACUGAAUCCUGUUGCAUGUUUCCACACUUUAGGACCCCCUCCUCCAUAUGAAGAAACUCUGAAAUCAGGACAGUUUUAG